UUUUCGUUUGUACUCUAUCGAAUCUAACUGAAAACAUUUCAAUCUUAAGGACGUUACGAAUAUUAACUUUCAAAUAGAUGUUGUGAGAUUUUUCUUCUCUUUGUAUGUAAACAUUUCGUGUUAUUAUUCUUAAACUUCAGAUGAGAUACAAUGUCACAAGACAGUAUCUAGUCUAACAAUGAUAUAAGUAAAGUUGCUAAAAUAUAGUUCGUUGAAGAAUAAGCGAAAUUAGACGAUAUUAAAUCAAUAUUAAAUUUUCUUUCGCGUUAUUUUUUCCGAGCACAAAGAUGAGCAACGAACGUGCCCGUGCAAUCUCGGUUACAAAUCAUUAUUUCAUGUUGGUCGAUGGAAUGAUUCCUGGUUUUGAGGAUCAUCUUGCAAAAAAUGUGGUGCUCAAGUGGUUUGGAAAAGAGAUCAAAGGGAAAGAAAAUGUAAUUGCUUUUAUUGCGUCUGAUAGAACAGAAUCCUUUCAUACGUUUCACGACAUUAUGCCAAUUUCGGAUAUCAUUAUUGAGCAGAGACAAUCGAAUCGGUCGAGAGAAUCUGUAGAUCAAAACGCUAAAUGUGAAACCCACACGAGCUAUUGUUCUCGUGAGACUGAAAUGUCAACGAACUAUGAAAACGCAAUAGAUUCUAAUCGGGAAAAUAAUGAAAAUGAUGCAACCUCCGUACUUAAAAAUGACUGUACAUUUAAUAUCGAGGAGCAUGCAUGCAAAUUGAAAAUAAUGACAGAUUGUGAUAACGUGAAUGUCAAUGAUAACAUAAAUGCAAAUAUUGACGCGAAUCAAAAUGAAAUUAAUGCAACUGCAAUCACUAAGAUGGAUGCUCAGAGUAAUGAUUUUAACAAGAACGAUCUCCGUAAUCUUUUCGAGCCCGAGAUUACAUCUCAGGCUAUCGUCGAGAAGAUACAGAACAUUAAUAGGGCAGAAUUGAAAGAGGAAAUGGCACCAACCGUCAGAGCCAUCAACAGAGAGUCUGAUCAAGGAGAUGAACCUGUUAUUGUUGAAGCUGAUACGACUAGGUACCUGGAGGCAAAUGGAACAAUAAAAUUUUUGCGAACAAAUAUACAAAAAGAUUUUCCAUUUUUGUAUUAUUCGUCAAAAUUGGCCCUUAAAAGGAAGAAUUGGAAACGAAAAUGCAAAUUACAAAUCGCCUAUUCGCUAUUAAUCGACAAUAAAUCUCCGAAAAUUGUCAAAAAGUGCAUGCAGGAAAAUAUUCCUCCCGCUAGUCAUUUAAAUCCUUCUACUGAAAAUACAUAUAAAAUGCAAAAAAAUAAAUUACCGAGUGUAGAGGAGAUUAUCCAAGUUAAUACUAAGAAAAUACGGAAUACCUAUUUGGACGAUUAUUUGACAUCUUUACCUUCCUCAGAAUAUCGUGAGAAGUUUUUAAAAGAUUUCGAAACCGAGAUGCAUAAGAAAUUCAACGUACAAUCUUGCGUGCGUUAUGUGGGAAAUAAAUUGAUUUUGGAUUAUCCGAAUAAAAAACCACCUCUUAAUGUUAUGUAUGAAAUUCACAUGAUUGUUUAUACAAAAGUUGAAUGAAAUGAAUAUAUUAUGCAAGAAAUAGCAGAUGCAGAAUGAAGCUAGUGCACAAAUUUACGCGAUUGAAUGACAUUUGUGUCUAUAACUAUAGUAUUGUCAAGCAAAGUAAUCAAUCGGAUACGCUUCGGCGAAUUUGUAUUCAUUACAAUAGAAAAGUAUAUCCUGUGUGAAUCAAAAUACCAUUUAAUUCUACAAAAUUCCCGAAAAGUUUAAGCUUGUAAAAAUUUAUAUAAUAUUUUUCGAAAGCUUAUUGCACUGUAUCGAAAGUAUGAGAAUGCAUACGAGCCACAUGAAUUUACAUGAUAAUCUCAGUGUACAUUGAUAACUGCGUGUUUGUGUAAACAAUAAAGCAAUCAAGGCAUACCGCCGUAACUUAAUUUGUGUUUCUGCUUAUUGUUAGAUGGAAAAUAUUGAUUUUAUCACGAUCACAGUGAUUUUAUUUGCAUCCCGAUAAACGAUUAUUUUCCUAUGAUAGUUGUUCAAUUAUGCAUAUGACUAUAUAUAUUGUGAAACACACAUAA